AAAGCUUACAUCGUAAUCAUUCCUACUCCAAUCCAGAGGCUAUGGCAAAGAGUGGCCAGGACAGUCAACUGUUAAAACAAGAUUUACAAUGUGGUUGCUGUUUUGAGCUGAUGGUUGAACCUACUACACUUAGUUGUGGACACAGCUUUUGUCGGUUUUGCCUUGCAAAGUGGUGGCAUGCAUCAAGACACAACACAUGUCCAGAGUGUCGGCAACCAUGGUCAGGAUUCCCAAAAGUUAAUAUUGCAUUACGAAAAACUAUCAAAGUACUCUUUUCAAAGGAAGAGGCUGAACGAAGAUGUUUCCAGGAAACUUCCCCAGAUUUUGGAUUAGUGUUGUCCAAGUUUGAUGCUCUAGAAAACAAAUCUUCACAAAGGUUGCAUAGCAGUCGUGAAGUAGAAUUUCUUCAAGGUCAAAAUUUGGGGAUUACCUUCACAAAGCUUAUAUUUAUUGUUCUCUCUGUCCUUGGCAUUGUCAUGUUUAUAUAUCAUGUCCUAAGUUUGUUCAUGGACCAAAGAGAUCCUCUUGUAAGAAAACCAGUGCAUAAGUGGAGUACACAGAAUGUGGCUAAAUGGCUUGAAAGCUUGGGUGAUUGGGCAGAAGAAUAUGGUGACAGGUUCCAAGAUGCAGGAAUUGAUGGAAACCUCCUGAUGUCGCUCUCUGAAUAUGACUUGGAGACUCCCCCUCUUAAUGUUGUAGUUUCCUAUCACAGGCGGGUACUAUUGAAGGAACUUGAAGCAUUAAAAGCUGAUGGAGUAAAGCAGCCAACAGAUGUGUGGGAAUAUAAGGCUGCUUAUCCUGUGCGUGCAAUACUUCUUCUUUGGGGUUUACGUGAGUUUCCAAGGUUGACAGUCUUCUACACAUUCUUUGCCUGUAACCAAGAUGUUUUUCAACCUCUGUUAUAUUAUACUAGUGAAACAAACUUUGAAGGAAGUAUAUUUGAGGCAACAGUCAUUCCUUCAGAAGAGUAUUUACGAUUUGUUUUGCGUCUUAUUUUGGUUCCCUAUUACCUGAUUGGAAAAUUCACUCUAAAGUGGAUCAAUCUUAAUUACUUUGUUGGAGCUGUUGUACUCAUCUACAGUGUUCUUAUGAGCCUUAAUGAGUUUUCAAAGCUGAGAUGGCUGUUGAUGAUGGGGGGAUGGAGGCAACUACCAGGACUGUUUAUUGGAAUCAUUAUUACAGCUUCUGUGAAUGGAUUGUUUCACCUUGCUCUAUGGAGUUUUCUUCCAUCCUUCAUUUGUGACAUUGCAUUUUACUGGAUGCUGUUCUUGGCACCAUACGCUGCCUGGCAUAGCUUUAAAGUGGGUUUGGCUAAUGGUGAAGUCCACUUUCAUCCUGCAAGAGACUUCUUUUUAUGGAUUUGGAGAGUGCUUCAUCAGUUGAGGACAGAAUAACACUUUUGAUCCAUAUAUAGAAAUAACUAGUGCAUCAAUAGAAAUGUUUUAUAGAUCUUUAGUUAACUCUCUAUUUUAGCUACCAGUUCCUGUUAGUUAGCUGUGCUGUAAUCUUCAUAUCUUUGGGAAAUGUCUGCAUGCAAUGUAACUUACAUUUAAUGGAAUGACUAAGCAUGGAUCAUGCACAAAACAUAUCACCAAUAACUGGCAUGGGAAACAACCACCACCUUUUCAUCAAAGAAAAUUAUUGUUACAUAGUCACUUCAAGACAUAAUCACUAAAUCCAUUAAAAGUGUUCUUCAGUUUCUCACACUAUCCUUAAAGGGGGGGCUCGUUACAACCAAGUGUUAAUCUUGUCCAGUGAAAGUGCAUUCCAAACCAUCUCUAACUCAGCCAAAUGUUGAUUUUUGUGGGCAACAUUAAGGAGGCCUGUAGUUAACACUGGAAAGACCCUUCUUUUUUUUACUUAGGCUUUUUUAAACUUUAAUCCCUCAGCAAAUAAAGAACUCUCCAGAUCCAUGAGUUAUCCAAAACUGCAGCAUAUGGUAGAAUUUUUCUACAUCUUGAGCUCCAGUACUUUUUCUUUGUGUCUUAGGAUGGAUAAGAAUAAUUUUCUGCAAGACUAUCUAACACAAUUCAGGGACUAAUUUAACCAUUUCAUUACCGACUAAUUGUCUUUAAUUGAGUAAUAAAAUACUAGUAAGUUUUUCCUUUUUGUCCCAAUGCAUUCUGCAUUGAUUUUUAUGAUUUGUAAAUUUAUAGCAAUGUGUUAGGCUUAAGGGAAUAAUGUUUCACCUAGAGGAAUUUGUAUGAGGAUCCCCAUUUUAAGUGGCACUAGGUUUUUAGACUGGUGGUCUCCCUCAAUAUUAACACAAGCUGGCCAAUCAAUUAUCAUAAGAAAUGCAGAAUACCAGUAACUGAAAAAUAUUGUUCUCGCAAUGUAACUCUUUCUGGCACCUAUUUCUCAUAGCUUUUAAUACCUCAUUUUACAACAUAGAGAAGGUCAUUGUUAUAAAUUUAAUUUGUAUCCAAUCCUCUUACUAUCGCCUUUAAAUAUAAAAUACUUUUGUGGAGUUUAGGGCUUCAAAGUAGAUUUCAAUUCAGUUUUGUUCAGCCAAAACCAAAGAAAUUACUUGUUUCUAAAGCUAGAAAGGAAAAGCAACAAUUUUGCAAAGAGUCCAAAGUGAAUUUAAGCUUGGGAGAACUUGACUGAGUAAGUUUCAGUAUUGUUGUGAAUCUCAUUGACAGGGAAAGCCAGUUUCUUGACUAAAAACAGAGAACAGUGAA